AAAUCGUCUGCAGGCACCUGCACCCAUCCUGAGGCUGCAUUCUGCUCGCUAAUUGCGCUUCGUCUUUCCUUGCUGGACAUCAAUGAUCAUUGUUCAUUACUCCUCUCUGUGCAAUACUUGACAGGAAAGUAGCUAGGGUUUGCCAGCAACGGGCAGUGCAGCCAGCUGAUUUCUUUGUACAUACUUUUUUUUCUGGUUGUCGCUGCUCGGUGUUUGAGCCUCAUUUGAAGGCAAUGCGCAACGGCAAAAAGUAGCGCGUCAAACGGCAAAAGCGUCUGUUCAUUGCGGGCAGUCCUUCAGUUGCCACAAGAAAGGACUCGCGCAUUUGAUCCUGCUCGUGCAAUGGCUGCAGCAUUGUCCCGUACCUCAGUUGCUUCGGUGGCCUCUCGUUUGGCUGGCUCUGCCGGUUGCAGCCGGUGUAAAGCAGUGGGUGUGAAUGCCCCCUUGGCCAAGGCCUGGGCCGGACGGAGACUCGUACCAUGCGCGACAAAUGCGCGGCAGCAUGUGCCGAAUUUUAGACAAGCUGGGGUUCGCUGUGCGGCGGCGGUCGAAGCGGCGGAAGCCAUUGAGGCAGAAGAUGAGGCUGAGGAGUCCUUCCUAGAAAGCGCACUAUCGCCAAAUGCACUUGAGGUCCAGCAACUUUUGGUGGAACUCUGCGAUGAAACUAGCAUUGCAGAAUUGAAGUUGAAGGUCGGCAGCUUCCGGCUGCAUGUGUUGCGUGAUGUCAGCGGGGAGCGGGCCGCGCAUCAUGCUGCGCACCAGGCCUCGCUGCUCGAGAUCCCGACGCCCCCCGUGCCUCCUCACGUCUCCAUGGAAGAAGUCCUGCGGGCCAGGCAGACGACGCCGGCGGAAGCCCCCAAGAAGGAGGCGCCUUUGGCGGAAGACGAGAUUCGCCCGGACGAGGGGCUCGACUUUGUGCUGGCACCCAGGGUCGGCGUGUUGAGGAGAGGCCGGGCGCGUAAGGGCAAGCAAGGCAGGUCCGUCGCUAACGAGGGCCAAGUGGUGAAGGAGGGCCAGGUCAUCUGCUACGUCGAGCAGCUGGGCACACAGCAGCCCAUCGAGUCCACUGUCUCUGGAGAGAUCAUCAACUUCCUGGUGGAAGACGGGGAUGCGGUCGGUUUUGGAGAGCCAAUUGUGGAGGUGCGGCCUUCGUUCGUGGGAAUCAAGAAGCUGGCUUAAAGGGACAGCGAAUGCUUCCCCGUAGAUAUGCAAUUCUAGGCGGCGCUUGCUUGGAGUCAAACAUGUAUUACUUUCGCAACCUGUCCGUUCAUAUUGACGAGCUUUAAAUGAGAGCCUGCUUCAUCAUCUAGGGACGUUUUUGAAGUUGCGACCUUGCGGAUCAAGCUUGCUUGGCGUCAAGUAUGUGAUCAGCAUAUUCCAAUAGCAGAUAUUGCGCAGGCUGCGAAUGCAACACAUUGUCAGUCACAACACAAAUUAUUGGCAGCAUUGCAUCUGGCAUACUGCAAGCCACAUACGCAGAUUAAUCAGCAUGUCGCAUAGGAGACGCUGAUGCAACGCAACGAUCUGAAGUGUCUCGUGCUUGAUUUAUCGACUCUUUAUGUGCUCGUG